ACUAUGACAAGUAAUUUUGAUACCUCUCUAUCAGGAUGAAGUUGGACCUUCUAAACUUUCUACUCUUCUUAGCCUGCCCCUUGCUUGUAAAGCUGGACGAAAGAUGUCAGCAAGCAAGCAACACUUUAAACGGUACAGUUUACCAACUUUCAAAUCACUCCUGGCCGUUAUUUUCUCCACAAAGAAUUGAGGAUAUAAAACAUUGUGGCCCAAAAAUAACGGCUUCAAGUGGCACUUCUAAAAUACCUCUUAUAGAGACCCGCCAUGGAAUUACCAUCCCUACUUCCGGUUCUUUAGAGCUUGGAAGCUACUCAUCGUCAUGUAUGACUUCGAUUUCUCUUUGCGCAAGAGGACUUUCAACAACAUUGUGGCUCAAGCCUUAUAACACACUCGAAUCAACGGAGCCCGAUAAAAGUCACCAUAUCUUGGGAACAAAUGCCUUUUGGGUGACAAAGACCCAUGAUAAAACAAGUGGUUUGGACAGAAUAACAGCCGAAAUCAGGACCUCGACUGGAAAAGUUUCCGUAAAUACCGUUAUCAAGUACAACAGUUGGAGUCAUAUUGGGACAACAUGGGCAAAUGGCGUCCUGAAAAUUUACGUGAAUGGGUUGAAGGUAAAUGAAUCAAACAGCACGAUCAGUUCAUCGGCACCCUUAACGACGCAAGGAUCCUUAUAUCUUUCACGUUCACCACUCUUUACACAAAGCAGUGCUGUAGAAGGCCAUAAUAUGUACACUGAUCUAUCUAUAUGGUAUCAAGGACUAUCCGAUGACCAGAUGUACGAAGCUUUUCACAUCCGACCACGCUGUCCUUAUAUGCAGGCCCGUUUCUUCAACUUCUCGUCUACUACAUCAAGUCAUUCCAACUAUAGAGCUGAACAUGCCAGCAGUUUAGCACCCCAAAAAGCAUGGUGUGGAAAAGAGAACGAGAACGGGACAUUCCUCCAGAUACAAUUUGGAAAGCUAACAAAAGUGUGCACUAUCGUAAUGUACGGCUUCACUGUAAACGGCACGGUAAACUCGGUGACAAAGUUGGCUUUAUCAAGCUCUACCGAUGGAGUGAAAUGGUCAAUAGAUCACGAGCUAAUCGAAAAGAUUGUAAGUUAUAUAUACUUCCGGGUAGAUCUUCCCAGACCCAUAGAAGCCAGAUAUCUGCGCAUUCAUCCUUUAAGCUGGAAUGUAAAACCUUGUAUUGAGAAAACUAAUAUCUAUGGUUUUCAGAUUGAGAACGUAAACGUUCGAGUCAUGACAGAAGGCUUUAGUGAUCCUGGGGUAUCAAAACGAACACCUAUUUGUUCUAUCAAGGUCAAUGAAAAAGAGCAUUGUAAAGGUGGCAAUGGCCACAACAUUGUGGUUCUAGAGCCCUCCACUGGACAUGUUACAAGUUCCAGGAGUUUUGACACCUUUAACCAGACGACAGCAGCAAAGGAAAUGGCUGAUUACUUAAGAGCGAUUGAUGAACGCUUUAUUGUAGUGGUCGCCGUGAAAGGCUCUGGGCAUAGGUACAUCAGUGACAGUGCAGAGGAACUAUAUCGCAUAGGUGCUAUUGAUCCAUUAGUUUCCUGCGAAAACUGUUCGUGGAUUCUGAUUGGACGACAUGGCUCUCGCCGAUCCUGGGUACAACAGGCACAUCGUAAAACAAGAAUGGGUCCAGCUUCGCUAGAAGUGAACAUCCCCCUAGAGGAAAACAACGACCCCAAACACUGGUGGAGACUUGAUCAGAUUGUCAGUAGCAAAAUCGUAGACUCCAGGACCAAAGUCAAAACACCUUUUACUGGUAAAACCACAUACAACCACAUUUAUGGAUCAACAUAUAAAGCAACAGUAGCUUUGGAGUCUACUUCCUGCUUGCUAGAUCCUGACCGCUGCCCUGGUGGACUAACGAUUGCCUAUUGGUUGGCACUAUACAAACACUCCUUGCCAAAGUCAAUAUUUAAUCCAUCUUUUAUAGCUUUGGAAAACGAAAAAGCCAAGUGCUUUACAUGGCUCACAGACCAAGAUCGCUGUUGUGUUUUCCCCUUUGUCUAUAAAGGAGUUACCUACACAAGUUGUACUGAAGUUGACCAUCAUCGGUUAUGGUGCUCUUUCACGCCAAAUUUUGAAAAUCACCAGUGGGAGAAUUGCUUAGGGUGCAACAGGCCUUUAGUAAAGAAAACAAUGCUCUCUGCUUCAAGUGAGCUGCAAAACAGCUAUCGUGCCCGUUCUGCAAGGUUUAAAGACAAAAACCCAUUUUGGAGUCCUAGUCCCGACGACGUGGGUCCAUAUCUACAAGUUGAUAUUCAAGAAAUCGUUUUCUUGACAGCUAUAGGUACUAAGGGCGGUACGCUGAAUGGGGAAAACCAUUGGGUGAAGAGCUUCCAGCUUUGGUAUAGCUUUGGUGGAAUAGCUUGGAGACUUCACAGAGAAGGUUUUAUCGAUAAGGAUUUCAUUGCGAAUUAUGACGCAACUACAAUUGUCACAAACCAGCUCAGUGACCCCGCUAAGGUUCGAUCUGUACGAAUAGUACCCUUGGUGCAUACAGGCAAAAUAGCUUUGAAAUUGGAGCUUUAUGGUUGUCCAGAGGAUGAUCACCCAAUGCAGACCAUAGAACCUAUCACUUUACCAGAAGACUGUGAUUUUCCACUUGGACUGGAAAAUGGAAAGAUUGACGACUUCCAUAUCACAGCAUCGACUGUAACAGACGGAUCACUAGCUAAACAUGCGCGCCUUAACGGACCCAAAUGCUGGAUACCAAGCAAAUUGGAUGAAAAGCAGUACCUUAUGAUAAUGUUUGUGGACAAAGUGUUUUUAACAGCUGUAGCCACACAAGGCUCUUCGGUUGGAGGAAAGAGUAUGUUCGUGUCGUCUUAUUGGAUCAGUUCAAGCCGUGACGGCAAUGAGUGGAUUGAUUACAUUGAAGACGGUCAGCUAGUGAUAUUUACUGCUAACGUCGAUGCCAACGCUCAAGUAAAGAACAAAAUCAAAUACCCCUUUGAGAAACGAUACAUACGGAUUCAUCCCAAAACCUGGAGUUCUAGUGGAAUUGCUCUUCGGGCAGAGGUCUAUGGUUGUUUGAAAGAAAAUCCCAAGUUCAGUGUCGUGGGUCCUAUUUUCACAAGACGCGUGAAUGUCAAAAAUGUUCAGACUAUCACAGUUUCUUACAAGUAUUGCACUGAAGGUCUUUCUUGUCCGACCUGCAACAGACAGCUUUAUGUAGCCGUACCAGGAACAAGAUGUAUUGGAAACGUCCACUAUGGUUGUAACUACACUGAUUUUAAUAUAUCAGUACCUACAUCAAAAGAGAGAUACUUUGAACCAAUUAAGAUUUUUGAUGCUAUUGGUUCUGGCUGUGCCUCUGUACUAAGCCACGCGGAUCUACUAAACAUAGAGCUGAUUGGACACACCAAAAAAGUCACCGGGUAUACCAGUUGUUAUGGACACUUUGUCAAUGGACAAACUAAAAGUGGCUAUUAUAGCAUCAAAACAAAGGAGGAACUAGCAAAGACCGUUUAUUGUGAUAUGGAAACUUACGGUGGGGGAUGGACGGUCAUACAAAGACGGCUUAAUGGCUCUGUAAAUUUCUUUCGCGACUGGAGUUCAUAUAAGAAUGGCUUUGGUUCGGUUCAUGGAGAGCACUGGAUUGGAAAUAAUGUGGCCACCAUGUCCGGUUUUCCUUUUAAAAGCGAGCUACGAAUCGAGCUGGAGACAUUCGAUGGAGAAAGAGGAGUGGGUGGCUAUGAAUAUUUUGAAAUUGGUUCCCCGGAUUAUACAAUUAAGGUCUCUGAUUUCCAUGGGGACAUUGGCGAUUCUUUAUCUGACCUAAAUGAAAUGCCUUUCUCAACAUGGGACAAAGACACGCCCGCUUUGACCUGCAGUAAUGUUACAAAGAAUGGUUGGUGGAACUUCGAGGCUGGCAGCAAAUGCUUGACCCCUUCCAACUUAAACGGAAGAUACGAUUCUAUGACUUGGAAGUCAUGGAAAGGGUCGCAGAGUCUAAAGAAAUCUGAGAUGAAAGUUAGGCCAGCUAAAGCGGUCAGGUGCAAUCAAUGGGCCUGUUACUAUGCUAUUGGCGGAAACAAAUUUAAUCAUGCUAAAAGUAAUUGUGAAAAGUUUGGAGCGUCUUUGACUAGCAUCACAAGUUUAGAAGAAUAUAAAUUUAUCAAGGAAUUUCUCAAUCUACGGGACACGCCUCCUGACAAGGUCACUAUAGGCCUAACUUCUAGAGAUGGCACUGUCUAUUGGGUUGAUGGAAGCGAAUACAAAUAUAAAGCAAACUGGUUCAAUACAACGGCAUCGAUGAGCUUUAUCCUAAAAAGAGUUGGUUCAGAUUACAAAUGGCAUCACUAUAAUUAUAACACGAAUACUGAUUUAUCAAUAUGUAAACGAGAUUAA